AUGGCAGCCGCAUGCAAAGCCUGCGAGGACCCCCUCAUCAUCACAAUCGACCCAGACAGCGAAGACGAAGACAACCAAACCGGCGAUGAGCCCCAAAAUGUCCCCGAUGAUCUCGAGCUCCCUUGUGGCUGCCACUUUCACUGGCAAUGCCUCCUAGACCAAUCCGAACAAACAGCUCUCUCCCUCUCCUGCCCCUCCUGCGCAACCUACCUCCCGUCCCAAAACCCAACCACCGGCGAACCCGCAAUCCUAACUCGCUACGUAAACGAAGGCGGCCUCCAAGACGCCCUCGACAUCCUCCCCACCCUCACAGAAGAAGCCUACCUCGCCUCCAACCCAGAAGCCCGCCCAGCCCGCGCAUACCACCUCAUGGCCGCCGAAGGCGACCUCGAGGGCAUCGUCGCCCUCCUCCACGACGCAAACGAGGAGCUGGCCGGCAACGUCGACUCCCUGGGCCAGCUUAUCCGCUACCAGGACCCGCUCGCCGGCGGCCGGAGCGCGCUGCACGUCGCGGUGGAAAGGGCGCAGGAGGAGGUGGUGUGGUUGCUUCUGUGGAUCGCGUCGCGGUUGUCGACGGAUGCGUUCCCCGCUGCGGCGAGGGAGGUCGCUGAGAGUCUGCAGAUUGUGAGGUUGACCAAUGAUGUUGGCGAGGAUAUUCGUGCGCUCAAGGCUGAGGAUGGCACGACUGCCGAGGAUGUGGCCAAGGGUUUGCCUGCUCGCUGGGGUGCCUUGGUUGAUGCCGGUGUUCUGCGUGCCUGA